AGUGGGUGUGGCCCCGAUACUGCGAAGGUCUGAUGACACAUAACGCCAGAUCCACGGAGAGGGACAGUCAUGGGGAAGACAGGUGGACGAGGCGACUUUGAAUGGGUCUACACGGACCAGCCUCACACUUCGAGAAGAAAAGAAAUACUCGCCAAAUACCCAGAGAUCAAGUCCCUCAUGGGUCCAGAUCCCCAGUUGAAGUGGGUCGUAUCAGGCAUGGUCCUCACACAGCUCCUGGCCUGCUACCUGGUCCACGACCUCUCCUGGAAGUGGAUCUUCUUCUGGGCGUAUGCCUUCGGAGGCUGCAUCAACCACUCGCUGACCCUGGCCAUCCACGACAUCUCUCACAACGUGGCGUUCGGAAACAAGCUGGCAAAGUGGAACCGCUGGUUCGCCAUGUGGGCCAACGUGCCCAUCGGAGUGCCCUACUCCGCCUCUUUCAAGAAGUAUCACAUCGACCACCAUCGGUAUCUGGGCGGCGACCAGCUGGACGUCGACAUCCCCACAGAGCUUGAGGGAUGGUUCUUCUGCACGCCGGCCAGGAAGGUCCUGUGGCUCUUCCUUCAGCCCUUGUUUUAUGCCCUGCGCCCCCUGGUGGUCAAUCCUAAACCUCUGUGUCAGCUGGAGGUCCAGAACGCACUCGUUCAGCUCAUGGCAGAUUUAAUUAUCUACCACCUUUGGGGGCUGAAGCCCAUUGUUUACCUCAUUGCAGGAUCCAUCCUGUGUAUGGGACUGCAUCCCAUUUCUGGACAUUUCAUCGCCGAGCACUACAUGUUCCUGAAGGGACACGAGACGUAUUCGUACUACGGGCCGCUGAAUCUGAUCACCUUCAACGUCGGGUAUCACAUGGAGCACCACGACUUCCCCAGCAUACCUGGCAGUAAACUACCUCAGGUGAAGAAGAUCGCUGCAGAGUAUUACGACUCGCUGCCUCAGCACACGUCCUGGAUCCGGGUUCUGUGGGACUUUGUGUUCGACGACAGCAUCGGCCCCUACGCCCGAAUCAAGCGGAAGUACAGCCUAAACAAGCAGGGAUAAAUGCGACUGUGACUGACGAUACAGGAAUGUGAAUUUCAGUUGUAAAAAAAAAAAGACAAAAACAAAAAACAUUUGGACCAAAUCAGUAAUAUUCUCUAGUUUAUAGACUUUUUUUUGUUGUUUCCCAGUGCAUUGUUUUCACUGUAUGUACUGUACAUAGGUAAUGGACGGUCUUAAUUUCGUCCCUCUAUGGAAAAAUCUGCACAUUUAUGGACAGUUUGUACAGCUAUAGGAUUUCCUCGUCCCAUUAUUUAUUCAUGCAUUAACGCUGUACACACCUUGUAAAGAUGGAACACUUUUACCGUGAAGUGACAUUUAUAGAAUAAAUAUUUAUAUAGUAUUGAAUUUGAACACCCAUGAGACAAAGGUCGCACGAGCACAUUCUCAAGCAGAUAAGGAUUAUAGAGCCGUCAACUCCUCACCCGUCUGUAAACAUUAGGCCUCUUAAGUUGAGGAAUUCACCACAAAGAGCUCCUCAGACCCCAGUGACCCACAAUUUACCACCACGAAGUGGGAAAACAAUCAUUAAAAACUUACUUUUCAGUAAGAAGAGCUUUUCUUCUUCUUGUUCUUGAUACCUCAUUUGGCUUCCUGCAGACAAUAGGAGAACAAAAUGCCUGGCGUUUGUGAGACGGUUGAAUGAACCCAGUGGUAUUUUUGUGGCUGUAAAACCAUUAAAUCAUUAUUUACAUAAAUAAUAAUAAAAAAACCCACCCGGGGACACACACGGCUGCCUGAACUGUGCACAAGCACAAAAGUGUGAUGUGAUAAAGUGAAGCGGGGGGGGGGGAAAAUUAAUCUGAGACAUUUUAGGAACAAAGUGGUGAUCACAAAAGCAGAGCUUGUGUUUUUGUCCGUCCACUUUACAGACAAUUUAAAUAACCAUCAUGUGUUGUUUCUGUUUAAAUGUUCAAUGAUAUGAAAAACCGACAAAGGAUCUUUAUAAGAGGAUUUUACUAUAAAGAAAUGAGUUUGUGGUUGA